AUGAGCAUGCGAGACCUGAUUUCGGGGGAGGCCGAGAUUGAUGAUGAGGAGAACGACGAUUCUUUCGAUGAGGAGACGGGCGAAGUCAGACCCAGAAAACCAGGCAACCCCGCUCUGGAUGACUCGAGCGAGGAAGAAGACGACGACGACGAGGAGGCACAGCGUGCGGUCCGCGAGGGCUUCAUCAUAGAGGACGAUGACGACGAGGAAGACGCAGCACGAGAGCGACGGCGGCGCAAGAAGCGGAAUCGCGCAGAGCGGGAGCAGGAGGAGGCAGCCUUAGAUGACGAAGAUCUGGAUCUCAUUGGGGAAGCAAACCCUGAAUGGGAACGCAAGGCCGCUACACAGCCAAAAUUCAAGCGCCUCAAGCGUGGACACCGAGACGACAACGACCUGAAUCGAGAGCGCGGCUUGGAUGAGAUAUUCUCCGACGACGACGAUCUUGACAUAGGCGCUGACCAGGACCGAGGGUUUGGCCGGGGAAGUAGAGUUGAUGAAUUUGAUGGCUUCAUUGAAGAGGAUGAGCUCGAGGACGAGGAUGAACGGCGGAGAAUUCAGGAGCAGAGAGAAGUGGCACGUCCAAGAGAUCGAGCAUAUGUUGCUGGCACGGAAGCUUCCGGGCUCGACAAGGAUGCUCUGGAUGACAUGGAGGCCAUCUUCGGCAAUGGGGAGGAUUACGAUUGGGCUCUAGCUCUGGAGGACGAGGCCGAAGCAAGAGAAGCCGGGGAUCACAACCUUGAGCUGAAGGACGUCUUUGAGCCAUCUCAGCUGGCAGAAAAGCUUCUCACCGACGAGGACAAUCAAAUUCGGUGGGCAGACGAGCCGGAGCGGUUUCAACUGGACCGAUUACCAUACAAAAGUUUGCAGAUCACCGAUGAACAAUUCAAGGAGGAAGCCCGCUGGAUAACCGACCUCAUCUGGCCAAAGAAGCAGUUGCAUAGCGAUCUCCGGCUCCCAUUCACCAGAGCCAUUGGCAAGGUCUUGGAAUUUUUCGUAGUUGAUGAAGUCGAAGUCCCCUAUGUUUUCCAACAUCGCAAAGAUUAUUUGAUUCAUGCCAAGAAGACUCGAAUUCGGGAUAAGAACGGCCAGGACGACUACGUUGUCAGCGCCGAAAAGCUUCUCAACCAAGACGACCUGUGGCGUGUUCUCGAACUGGACCUCAAGUUCCGAGCUCUCAUCGAAAAACGCAAUGUCCUCGAGAAGACAUACGACAAUCUAAAGCUCGCUGCCGGCGUGGACGACCCAAUGGUAGAGGCAAUGUUGCCCAUGGCCGUGACAAUGGAAGAAUUGCAGGAUAUCCAGGAUUUUAUAUACUUCCAGUAUUCUUCCGAGAUCAAGGAUUUGGCUGCUACCAACGGCGAGGUCAAGGAAAAGCGUCGUCCGGGCGGCAAAUCAUCCAUGUAUGAUCGCAUCCGGAAGGGCAAGGCUUAUAACCUUGUCAGGGCAUAUGGAAUCACCCCUGACCUAGUCGCUCAGAACGCCUUGAAAGAGGGAAGAAAGCAAUACGCUGAAGACUCUUCUCUCACUCCCAUCGACCUCGCAGACUCCCUGGUCCAUGAGAGCGAGUUUGGAACUGGCGAUGAGAUACUCCAGGCUGCCCGUCAAAUGUUCGCUGAGGAGCUAUUCAUGAAUCCUCGCAUGCGAAAGCACUUCCGGAUGAGCUACUACAUGAUGGGCGUGGUCGAUUGCCGAAGAACGGAUAAGGGUCUGAGGAAGAUUGACGAGCAACACCCAUACUACGAGCUCAAGUACCUGAAGAACCAGACCUUCAGCGACAUCGCGAACAAGCCUGAGAUUUUUCUAAAGAUGCUCAAGGCCGAAGAGGAAGGCCUCAUUGAAGUCAAAGUGUCGCUACAGAACGAGCAAGAGUUCCGGAAGCAGCUCUUCUCCGAAUUUGCGUCAGACAAUUUCAGCGAGCUUGCAGAUGCAUGGAACGAUGAGCGUCAGAAGGUUUUGGACUUGGCAUUUACCAAGCUGGAGAAAGUCAUCACGAAAGGUGUGAAGGAGAGCAUGAGAACCGAGUGUCAAGACUCCGUUCUCAAGAUUUGUCGGGAGGACUACUCGAAAAAGCUGGACCAAGCUCCUUACAAACCAAUGGGUAUGAUGCUCGGCACGAUUCCCCGAGUCCUGGCAUUGUCGAAUGGGGACAUGGAUCCCGCUCGGGAUUCCGUUUGCUGGGCUUGGGUAGAGGAAGAUGGCCGAGUUCUGGAACACGGCAAGUUUGAUAAUCUCACCCGCAACGAGACUUCCCGAGAACAGUUUGUCGAACUGAUCCAGAGAAGGAAGCCGGAUGUUCUAGGCGUCAGUGGAUUCUCGGUGGACACACACAAGCUCAUCGCUAGUCUCCGGGACUUGGUCGAAGAGAGAGGCUUGAGGGGUGCUGAGUUCGAGGAUACUGAGACUGGCGAUGAAAGAAGCGAACCCCUCGAGAUUAUCGUUGUAAACGACGAAGUGGCUCGACUGUAUAAGGACAGCGCACGCGCUGCUAUCGACCACCCAACAUUCCCCGCUCUCACCAAGUACUGCGUUGCUUUGGCCAAAUAUCUGCAGAAUCCGAUGAAGGAAUACGCCGCAUUGGGCAGAGACAUUGUCUCAUUGUCUUUCCAUCCCUGCCAACAGCUCCUUCCCGAGGAAAAGCUCCGAAAACAGCUUGAGACGGCUAUGGUCGACAUGGUCAAUCUCUGUGGUGUCGACAUCAACGAAGCUAUUGCAGAUUCUUACACGGCUGCACUACUUCCGUAUGUCUGCGGUCUCGGUCCGAGGAAAGCGACCGCCGUAUUGAAGACUAUCAAUGCCAAUGGUGGCGUUGUGAACACUCGAGACGAGUUGGUCGGUGAUCCCGACAGUGGCAAGCUUCCCGUUGUUGGGCCGAGGGUCUGGAACAACUGUGCCAGUUUCUUAUCGAUCGAGUACGACAGCUCGAAUCAAGCGUCCGACUACCUUGACAAUACUCGGGUCCAUCCCGAAGAUUACGAGCUUGGUCGUAAGAUGGCUGCCGAUGCCUUAGAAUUAGACGAAGAAGAUGUAAAGGCCGAAGUCGAUGAAGGCGGUCCUGGAGCCAUUGUUCGCAAACUUAUCAAGGGGGAUGAUCAAGAAAAAGUCAACGAUCUCAUUUUAGAAGAGUACGCCGAGCAACUGGAGCGGAAUUUCAAUCAGCGAAAGCGAGCUACGCUCGAGACUAUUCGUGCGGAGCUUCAGCAACCCUACGAAGAGUUGAGGAGAAAUUUCUCUAUCCUGACCGACAACGAAAUCUUCACUAUGCUCACUGGUGAAACUUCAGAGUCACUGUGCGAGGGAAUGAUUGUAUCAGUCAACAUUCGUGUGGCCAAGGAAGACUUUAUCAUUGCCAAGCUAGACUCCGGUAUCGAAGGUCGAGUCGAACAGCAAGAAGGCUCUGAUACCGGGGACACUUUUCUCAACCGCAUAUUUUCCGUUGGCCAAACUACUCAGGCCAAACUUCUGGAGUUGGACCGACACAACUUCUCGGCACGACUCUCUCUGCGCCAGCAGAUGUUGCGGAUCCCAUUCCGAAAACGUAUCGACCAUGACCCUGGAUCCUGGGAUUCUUUCCAGGAGCAAAAAGACAAGGAGGAGCUACGAGAGAAGGACAGGGCUACCGGUCGAACUCAGCGAGUCGUGAACCACCCUCUGUUCCGACCAUUCAACUCCACUCAAGCAGAAGAAUACCUUGGUUCCCAGUCAGCUGGAGAUGCCGUUGUGCGUCCCUCCUCGAAAGGAAAUGACCACCUUGCCGUCACUUGGAAGGUGGCUGAUGGUGUGUAUCAACACAUCGAUGUCCUCGAAUUGCAGAAAGAGAAUGAAUUCUCCCUGGGGCGUAUUCUCCGAAUCGGAAACGUCAAUUACACUGAUUUGGACGAGCUUAUUGUAGAUCACGUCAAAGCCAUGUCCAAGAAGGUGGCUGAAAUCAUGGACCAUGACAAGUUCCAAAGCGGGAGUCGAGCUGACACGGAAAAAUGGUUGACCACCUACACCGAAGCCAACCCGAAACGAUCCGUCUAUGCAUUCUGUUUGGACACUCGACAUCCAGGGUACUUCCAUCUUUGCUUCAAGGCUGGGCACCUGGGACGUCCCCAAGCAUGGCCAGUCCGGGUGAUACCCAAAGCAUUCGAGCUCCAGAAAUCCCAAUACCCGGACAUGAGAGCGCUAUGCAAUGGGUUCAAGAUCAGACACCAGACCGAGGCGAUCAAGAGGGCAUAG